AUGGCCCCAGGCCAUUACUUCUGGGCAAUAUUCUACUUCGCCUGUCUGUGCAGUGCGUCACUAGCAAACAACGCCAAGGUAAACUUCCGCGAGAAGGAGAAGAAGAUCCUCGAUCAGAUCCUCGGCUCCGGUAAAUAUGACGCCCGAAUCCGUCCGUCGGGCAUCAACGGCACAGAUGAUAAAGCUACACAAGUGUUCGUCAACAUGUUCCUUAGAUCGAUAUCGAAAAUCGACGAUUACAAAAUGGAAUACAGCGUGCAGCUAACAUUCCGAGAGCAGUGGCUGGACGAACGGCUGAAAUUCGACGAUAUCGGAGGUCGUCUGAAGUACCUGACGCUGACCGAUCCGAACCGAGUCUGGAUGCCGGAUCUGUUCUUCUCGAACGAGAAAGAGGGCCACUUUCACAACAUUAUCAUGCCGAACGUCUACAUCCGCAUCUUCCCGUACGGUUCGGUGCUGUACAGUAUACGAAUCUCGCUGACGCUGGCCUGCCCGAUGAACCUGAAGCUGUACCCGCUGGAUCGGCAGGUCUGCUCGCUCCGAAUGGCUAGUUACGGCUGGACAACCGCCGACUUGGUGUUCCUAUGGAAGGAAGGCGACCCGGUACAGGUGGUCAAAAACUUACACCUACCACGCUUCACACUUGAAAAGUUCUUAACCGACUACUGUAACAGUAAAACAAUUACCGGUGAAUACAGUUGUCUGAAGGUGGACCUACUCUUCAAGCGUGAGUUCUCGUACUAUCUGAUUCAGAUCUACAUUCCCUGCUGCAUGUUGGUCAUCGUGUCCUGGGUGUCCUUCUGGCUCGAUCAAGGUGCCGUCCCGGCCCGGGUGUCGCUCGGUGUGACAACCCUGCUAACCAUGGCAACGCAGACGUCCGGUAUCAACGCAUCGCUCCCACCGGUUUCCUACACCAAAGCCAUCGACGUGUGGACCGGGGUCUGUUUGACGUUCGUAUUCGGGGCCCUGCUGGAGUUUGCCCUGGUGAACUAUGCGUCCCGUUCAGCGGAUAGAGCCGCGGAUAUGCACCGAGAGAACAUGAAGAAAAAACGACGCGAACUCGAGCAGGCCAGCUUGGACGCGGCGUCCGAUCUGCUGGACACCGACAGUAAUGCUACAUUUGCGAUGAAACCCCUGGUACGUCAUCCCGGUGACCCGUUGGCACUGGAAAAGCUGCGGCAGUGCGAAGUGCACAUGCAGGCGCCCAAGCGGCCGAACUGCUGCAGGAGCUGGCUGUCAAAAUUCCCCACCAGCCCGUUGAAGAAGACUCCGUGCUUCGGAAGGGGACAAUGCUCCCGCUCGAAACGGAUCGACGUUAUCUCGCGGAUAACAUUCCCGCUGGUGUUUGCACUGUUCAACCUGGUCUACUGGAGCACUUAUCUCUUCCGGGAAGAGGAGGAAGACUAG